AUGACAUAUCAUGAGCAGUUCAAGAAAUUCGACGAAUCUUUUGAGGAAGUAACCUAUAUCGCUAUUAUUGCAGCAGUUGGUUGCCUUAUUCUUGCCGGUUUGAUAGCACUCGCCUAUAUCAUCUAUCGUAUCCGUAAAAAAAGACGCAGUCAGGCUGAUCCGUACGAAUCUAUUUUCUCCGAAGGAAAAAGUAAUGUCAGAAAACCAGGCACCGCUCGCAAAUUAACCGUUAGUAAUACGGGUGAAAAUAGUUGGUCAAUUGUGACAAGUAUCAACAGACCCAUUGCUCUACCAGAGACUCAUGAAAAGCAGUCUAAUUUAUAA